AUGCAAUCACCUUCAAUAUCAAAGGUAACUCCAAAGCAAGACUUUGAAAAUCAAUUUGAAACAUAUAUGAAGCAACAAAAAGUAGAUAAAAAUAAUAAUUCAACCCCAAGUACUUCAACAACACCUCAAGAAAAUCCCAGCGUUACGACGGGUUUAAUGUACAAAUUUUCGGCAAUAGCAGCUUAUACCACUACGAUAUUUUCCGAAACCUAUAAAACUUUAACGGCCGCCGGAACCAUAGAACCAGAGUCACCCACGGUGAAAAGAAGAGAUUAUAAUAAUGAUUAUUUUAAUGAAGAUGUCAUGCAAAUAAACGCGGAUGAUUCGGAUGGAGCUUACGACAAUGAUGAAAUGAGCGACGUAGAUGUAGAAUAUAAUGGUCGAGAAAUAAAUAAAAAGAUCGAUAAAAAGAUGGAAGCUAAAUGGUCGGUGAAUGAUGACGAUGAACCUCCACCACCGUACGAUAGUAUUUGCCCAUCGUCAACUUCAACAUAUAAUGCUGACACAUGUUCCGGAGCAACGAAUUUGACAGAAUCUCCAACGUCCUCAUCUCCCAAACAAAUAAAUUGUGCAAUCCCUCUAGCCAAAAGCAAAUCCACACCAACACCGUCGCCGAAGGAUGUUAACUCGCAAACCUUUCCCAAACGUCGACAAAUCCGAGUACGACGUUUUCGAAGAUUAAUUCGACGCAAAUCCACAAAUGAAGUUCUCACCCCACGAGGAGGAAGUUGUGAUGAUCCAGACGAGUUGUUACUAAAAGUAAACGAUAAAUUAAGUGAUAUGAUAGCUCAAGGACGUGCGGCAUUAACGAGUCAAGUUGAUAUAUCAGAGGUUGAUAUGUUAUUGGCUGAGGAAAGAGAACGAGAGGAAAGAAUCAUGAAGGAACUUGGCCUUCAAACUCCUGUUGGAAGGAAGGGAAGGAAAAACGCGGCUUACUCAUUAGAGUACGAUUAUUUCAACUCCAUGUCGGAUGGAAAUUAUUCCGCUCCUGAAUCUUCAUUUUAUGAGUAUGGUUAUGAUUCUCACAGUCGAAACGGAAGUGGUGAUUUCACAUCCCCUUCAGAAUUUGAACCUUCUGCUGGAUUUCCUUCCAAUGGAAAUUAUAACGCACCUCCCCAAUUCAGUUCACCGGGGAUGUAUCAUACGCAAGGAGUGUAUAAUUUUCCUUCCAAUCUUGGAUUCGGUUUAGGAAACAACAGCAAUGGUGGUAAAUUUGCUGAAUCACCUUCAAAUGACUUCAUGGGCCCAAUACCAAAUAGAUAUCCAGCAUCUUCUUCUUCUAAUGGAUUCAAUGAUCACUCGAUACCUAAUGGAUUCGGUACCGGACCAGUGUCAGGAGGAUUUGGAGGAUCUGUUAGAUUUGGAGGUCAGCAAGCAUUCGUACCAAAUGUUGGUCCUUAUGUACAAAACAAUAAUAAUGGUGGUUUCGUGAAUUAUGGUCCAGGUUUUGGUUCAAACACUGGAUUUGGAUCCAAUGGAGCUUAUGGAACAAACGGAAUAUAUCAUAAAAAUCGUGAAUUCAUAUAUUAA